ACGUGAACAAGUGCGCAUCGUUGCUACGCAGAGGAAGCGAGAUUUUUACGUUGCUGGAAUUUCGUCGAGCGUUCGUCGUCACGACUCGGUACUGUGUUUUGAUUUUUCCGCUCUCGCAUUCUGCACGAUUCCGGCGAGGAUUUGUCCGGGAGUCGGGAAAGCGUCGCGCGUAUAUUCCAAAGAUCGACGGCAGCGUGGAAUACCGUACGGUACGGUUUUCGGUGUACCGUCGACCGGCACGGAAAAGAGUGGGAGAAAAGGCCGAGACAAGUGUGUGGGUGGAUGGAAAACAAAGAGGAAAAAUCACAGUGAGCCAUGAGCGAAUGUAUGAAGUGAAUACACACGAGUGAUGUUGUUCUUGUUCUUUUUUCGUAUGCUGGCCGUGGAUUACUAGGAUCGGGCUCGUGAAAACUCGAAACACUCACAGAAACUCGCGACUUUGGCACCGAACACUGUGAAAAGUAGAGGCGCAUUGUUCUGAUAUUUUCAGUUAUUUACAGUUUUUGUUUGUUUGCCGGAAUAUCCUGUUUUCCGUUUGUUGUGUUUCACGUGCUCCAGAAGAGUAGAAGCAUCAGUUUUUUCUCUGUUGUGUUGAUGAAAAAAACAAAAAUGAACAAGUAGCAGUGUGUUGUGAGGACACGAAAAACAAUUAUUAUUGAUGUUGUAAUAAAACAUUUUCAAUUUCUGUUACUACAUUGUUUCUGCGAGUUUGACAAAAAGUCUACUGUUUACAUACAACCUCUCGAGAAAAAAGGCUUUUUUUUCUCCUUCGUAAACAAUGAUUCUGUUUAGUAGGCGGUGAGGGCAGUUGAGUUAUGCUUUUGAUCAUCGAGUGAACUAAGCAACUGGAGAAAAAAAAUACUGCAGUUCAUCAGCGGAAGGACUUCAGCGGACAUCAUCAUGUUGUUUCCUGUUGAAAUAAGUGAGCGCUCGGGCACACCGAACUGUCCCGGGAGAUGUUGUGCUGCAUAACGUAACAUUAACCGAAUCCACCCGGAGAGCAGCCGGAGAUUUAAUUCCUGUGCACGAAUUAAAAGCGACUUGAAACGUUACUCAUAUGUGAACCUUUGCGCCGUAGAUCGGAAACACAAGUUCUGUUCUUUAGUGUGAUUUCUUUUGAGUUGUAGUAGUCUUCUAUGGCAUUUUGAUUUUCUAACGGCGCCAAACACGUACUACAUGAUCGAAACACUACACAACAGAUGUAGUUUGCUAACAAGCAAGUGAUAAUUGAAAGUUUUGGUUUUCAUGGCCCCAAAAUCGGAACUACACUAGUGUUGUCAUAGAAUACCUAACCUAGCGAGGAGAAGCGGGAGUGCGCGUGCAGAGAGGGCGCCACCAAACGCAUUCUCUCAUAACGACGUAAGAUAAUAUGGCAGCAUAUGCUCAAUUCGGUUAUACAUAUCCGUCGGCAAGUCAGUUGUUGGUUGGUGGAGGACAGACGACUACGGCCAGUUCACAGUCACCGAUCUCGGCCACAAAUGCUCCAUCACUAAGCCCAGGUGGGUCGGCAACAGGCGCGCCAUCAGGUGCCUUAAGCCCCGGGGCUGUCUCACAAACCUCAAACAAUGCGCCACCGGCAACCUCCUGCUGUGAAAAUGGCAGACCCAUUAUGACCGAUCCUGUAUCAGGACAAACGGUAUGUUCCUGCCAGUACGAUUCGGCUCGAUUAGCGCUCUCCAGCUACUCCCGGAUACCAACCGGAAGUGUAGGAGUGUACGGUACGCCCUACCCUUCGACGGAGCAAAAUCCAUACCCAAGCAUCGGUGUAGAUAGUUCAGCAUUUUAUUCACCUCUAAGCAACCCGUAUGCGUUAAAAGAAAGUGGACCAACUAGUGAUAUGACCGCGUGGACUUCAGCCGGUCUGCAGCCUACGACCGGAUAUUACCCGUACGAUCCGACGCUGGCAGCCUAUGGGUAUGGCGCUGGGUAUGAUUUAGCGGCUCGCCGAAAGAAUGCAACCCGCGAGUCAACCGCAACGUUGAAGGCGUGGCUUAAUGAGCACAAAAAGAACCCGUACCCCACCAAGGGCGAAAAAAUUAUGCUGGCAAUCAUAACCAAGAUGACACUGACGCAGGUGUCCACCUGGUUCGCGAACGCACGCCGACGGCUUAAGAAGGAGAACAAAAUGACCUGGGAGCCUAAGAACAAAACAGAUGACGAUGACGAUGCCAUGGUGUCCGACGACGAGAAAGAUAAGGACGACAUGGAUCCGGACAAAAGUCGUGAUCACAAAGACAUGCAUCACCACGUGAAGGCUGAGCACGACAAAGAUGACGAUGACGAUGAUCUCACUGACGAUGAACGGAAGCCGGAAAACUUAAUGGGGCAUCCGGGACAUCUGGGGCAGCACCAUCCGUACUACCACCAUACGAUGCUCGGGGGACACCACCACCAUUCCGGACUCAAAUCAGAAUUGGACCAUCCAAAAAACCAAACGGGCAGCGACUGUGGAGUGCCGAUUCCAGCCUCAAAGCCGAAAAUCUGGAGUCUGGCAGACACAGCCGCUUGCAAAACCCCACCACCACAGGCUCUUCACAGCUCCUGGAUGACCGGCGGCUAUCACCCAGGGCAACAUCAUCAUCAGCAACAUCAGCAUCAGCAGCAGCAGCAGCAGCAUCAUCUUCAGCAACAGCAUCUGCAACAGCAACAGCAGCAGCAGCAUCAGCAACAACACCCGGGCAGUGGGAUGAUGAUGGGCGGCGGAAGUUCCCCUAUGAGUAUGAAUAUGGCAAAUACCCCCCACAAUCAAGGUAUGGGGACUAUGGGCAGUGGUAUGAUGAACAAUUUCGGGAAUACCCCCUAUUCCCGUUAUGGGGGGUUUCUAACAGGAGCUCAACACUACAAUACUACCCACAACAACAACAGCAACAUCAACAGCAGCAGCAACACCAACAACAAUACCAACAGCAAUACGAAUACGGGUCCAGUGACGGGUGCUACAACCCCCACUUUACAGCAGCAACAGCAGCUUCAUCAGCAGCAGCAGCAGCAACAAGGGAUGCUCCAACAGCACCAGCAACAGCAACAACACCUUCAGCAGCAAUCCCAGCAACCUAUGAACAACAGCAACAAUUCCCAAUCGAUGGGGUUUCCCGAGGUCCAGACCGACACCCCGCCCCAAACCCCACCGAAUAUGAAGCUACCCAGCGUGGCGGGGAACCUUCUUACAGCCUCAGCAACCCCUACGACCGGUACCUGUUAUAACAAUAACAACAACAACGGUAGCAGUAGUGUAAACAAUAACAACAACCUCACCCCCAAUCACAACAACAACGGGUACGCAUCAUCGCCGGAAUCGAUGGGCCACCAAUCCAACAACAGCCAGUCAGGUCAACAGCAACAACAACAGAACAACUACUACCGAAUGCAGCCGGACUCGCCUCAAAAAUCUCAACCGGACUUCCCUCAGCAGAUGCAGAUGCCGCCCGAUGGUUUCAAACCGUUCUACAAAACAAACGCACCACAAGUCAGCAACGGAUUCGUCUCACCGGUCUAGAUGGCACUGGCAGUGACGUAACUGUUUACAACGGGUGAUGUGCUGUUGUUGUAAGCUUACCCGGGGUUCUUUGCACACAGUAGGCGAUGGCGGCUGCCACAUCAUCAACCGGCAAGCAAUUCAUUCGGAAAAGGUUUGUACCCGCUGUAUCCGACUCCCUCACGUGACAACAUUCGCAGCUUCGAUGUAACAAAUGCCAGCCAAGACACCCACUACUACACUUGGAGGCCUUAAGACCAGCACAGCCCAGACAAGAACCUUCUUAGUUGGGGGAGAAAGCAGUAUCGAGAAAGUAUUUUCCAGCCCGCGAAAAAAAAACAACAAUAACAACCAGGAGCAGCAACAUGUUGCAGCAGUAAUUUUCUCCCGCGAUUCUCUCAGACCCAUGAAAACGCCCGCCAAUGCCGGAAUGUGCAACAGGUUUUUCCCCAACACGCAAACCAUCGUGGAGCAUUUUUUUUUCAUUACACAUUUCCACUCUCCGUUCUAUCUGAUCCUCGCCGUAUCUCGUAGCUCACCAACUGGCACUCAUCAUAACCAACUACCCGCACAUGUACACUCUUGGAGAACAAAAAAACUACAUUUAGAGAACCUAUUACUACACAACUGCUACAACUACUACUAUUUCUAGGAGAGAAAAACAAAAUGUAAUACUAACCCGAAUGAUAGAAGAGUUUCGAUUAAAGUUGUAUACGAGAACAAAAUAUGGACAACCCCAUAAUUCAAUCAGCAAACGGAAGCGAAUUUGAAUCGGUUUACAUUUUUCGGGCCACGUGCAAGGCAGAACACUUAGUACUUUUAGACAAGAAAAACAACAACUUGACAACAACAAUUGUAAAAUUUUAUAGUUUGUUUUACCGCGACCUUACCCCUUUGGUGUACGAUAGUAUGUACCUAUUAAUUAUUGCUAAUGAUUCCCCAUCUGUCUCUUUGUUAAAACUACGUGCAAUUCAUCAUCCUUCCUAUUAUAAUUCAACGUAUUGCACUGUUAUCGCAUGUUUUGUACGAAAUAGAAAGGUGAAAUCUAAACGAACAAAACGGAUCGAUUGUUUUGAUUUUCGGCCUUGUAUUAUAUUUCAAGUAAAAUAAAUCAAGAAAAAAAAUAAAAUGUUGAGAACGCAUUUGUAAUCUGUGAUAACGAAAAAGUAUAUAAAAAAUAUUGAACAUAUUUAACACUAUCUUAAGACACACUGGAAACUUUUUUUUUUUAUUUUUGACUAGAAAAAUACCACUCCAACUUGAAAGUUUCGGUUUCUUAGCGUCGCGAUUAUUUUAUUCCACCAAUGAAAAGAAGCAAAGGAAAAAAAACAAGAAUCAAACCGAAGAGAAAACUUUCCGUACAAUUUUGUUGAAGUUUUGUAUAAAUUUUUGCGAGGUUGCAAGCCGUAGGACGAGUACGGAUUUAUACUAAGGUUCUGAAAUAGAAGUGAAGAUUUUAUACACAAAAGCAAAACUUACAAAUCGACGAGCUACUUAAAUAGUACUUGAAAACAAUACUACCAUCUAUGAUUACAUGGCUCCGCAAAUUGUAGAAAAUGAACAUUUGUAAGAACAAACCGAAGACAACAGAGAACAAAUAGAUGUAAAUAUAUCGAUUAUAACAUUUCUUCGUAGACAAGAAACCAUCCAGUAAAAGUUGAAUACAAGCUUUCAAGUUGAAAUACAAAUGUGUACAUAGAGUUUAGCGUCAACUAUAUCGAUAGUAUCAUAAGAAACCCCCAUCAUUAAACCGUAAACAAAAGCUAGUUAAAACUUGUGUGUGAAAGUCGAACAAUUGCAUGUUUGCGAACUAGCAUCGGUAAGUUCAUCAAUAAAUCAACAACUACACAUUUCUCGGUUAACCGGAUAGAGCUAUUUGUUUUAUUAAAAAAAAAGAUUCAUCAGAAAUUAUUCUAAAAAAAUCUCUGAUUUAAGGUGAAACCGUAUCACACAAGCCUACAACAGCUGAUGAUAGUUUAAUGUUUUUGGUUUUCAUCUUGUCGAAAAAGGUGUAUUAUAAGUGAAAUCAAAAUUUGCUAUUUCACCAACUAAACCAAUUGCUUUGCAACACGAGGCAAACAUAAAUACACACACACAAACUCAUCAUUGUACACUUGAAAACAAAAUUACUUGAACACAUGCAAAUAUUCCUAUCUUCUGUCAGUGAACAAAUGAAAUUGGUACUCAUUCGGUACAAAACGGCAAGACAAAACAAAAGUCCCGCAUCUUCUAUUACGAUAGUUAUGAUUACAGAACAAAUGAAAAAAAAAAACACAAACAUCAUAUAUAGUGAAACAAAAAAUGCAUACAGAAAAUCAGAAAACAUUAUAAAUUAUAUAUUUAAACGAAAAAUCAUUAGACAAAUAGAGGUAAUAAUGAAAAGUA